CGCCGGCCCGCGGACAGCUCAGCCGCCUCACUGCCUCACUUCGCCCCCCACCACCACCACCACCCCCAAACCUCGUGGCUUCCGGAACAAACAGCGCACAAAAUUAAAAAAAAAACUCGAAAUAAAAGCAACUGCAACGACCAACCAAAGCACCAGCAGAGCAGCAGCCGCCAGCAGCGGCGACCGGAGGAGAGAGCGGCGUCGCGGCGGCGGCGGCGAUGUCGGUGUCGUGCGGGCUGGAGUGGGUGGUGUGCCUGGGGUGCACGCGGUGGGCGUGGAAGCGGCUCACCUACAUCGGCGCCUACGACAGCGAGGCGUGGCCGGCGGCGGCGCCGGGGGAGUUCGAGCCCGUCCCGCGAAUCUGCCGCGUCAUCCUCGCCAUCUACGAGGACGACCUCUCCAACCCCACCAAGUUCGCGCCGCCCGGCCGCGGGUACGCCGGCGUCGACCUCGCCGGCGUCGUCAAGCGCGCCACCUACGAGCACGUCGGCAACACCUGCCCUCCCUACAUCGUCUACGUUGACCACCGCCACAAGGAGGUCGUCCUCGCCAUCCGCGGCCUCAACCUCACCCGCAACGCCGACUACAAGGUUCUCAUGGACAACAAGCUCGGGAUGCAGAUGUUCGACGGCGGCUACGUCCACCACGGCCUUCUCAAGGCGGCGCAGUUCAUCCUGGAGAGGGAGACGAAGACGCUGCAGGAGCUGCUGCAGCAGAACGGGCCCGACUACAAGCUCAUCUUCGCGGGGCACUCGCUGGGCUCCGGCAUCGCCGCGCUCAUGACCGUGCUCGUGGUGAACAACCGGAAGAUGUUUGGGAACAUACCGAGGAGCCAGAUACGGUGCUACGCGCUCGCCCCCGCCCGGUGCAUGUCGCUCAACCUCGCCGUCAAGUACGCCGACGUGAUCAACUCCGUCGUGCUGCAGGAUGAUUUUUUGCCAAGAACGCCAACACCGUUGGAGUACAUUUUUGGGUCUAUAUUCUGCUUGCCCUGCUUGUUGUUUAUCAUGUGCCUGAGAGAUACAUUUAAGCAAGACAAGAGAAAAUUUAAAGAUCCAAGAAGACUCUAUGCUCCUGGUCGAAUGUAUCAUAUAGUCGAGAGGAAAUUUUGCAGAUGUGGAAGAUUCCCUCCUGAGGUGAGAACUGCUAUUCCAGUGGAAGGCCGAUUUGAGCAUAUUGUGUUGUCAUGCAGUACUACUUCUGAUCAUGCGAUUGUAUGGAUUGAACGAGAAUCAGAAAAGGCUUUAGAGCUUAUGAAAGGAAAUGAGAAACCAACAACUCCGCCUGCGCAACAAAAGAUGGAAAGACUGCAGAGUUUUGAGGAAGAACACAAGAAUGCCCUCGAGAGAGCAAAGACCUUAGAUGUUCCUCACGCAGUUGACUUGUCUGAAGUGGAGAUCCAGGAGGGUUCUAGCCCUACGCCGCCCUCUGAUACUCAUAGUGAAGCCACCUCAGAAGCAAAAUCUGCAGGAAGAACCAGUUGGGAUGAGCUGAUGCAUAAGCUUUUCACCAGGGACGAAGGUGGGAAGCUUGUUGUGAAGGAGGACAUUAAGGCGAGGAACAUUGUUAUUGAGUAAUACCGACCCUCAGACUUUUGAUCUGGUAAUUGAUUCUUUUGCGUGCAUAUACAGAAGUUCAACAUGAAAAUGUUUUUUUUUUGGAUCGAGCCAUUUUGCGGUACGAAAACUGUCCCGUGUAUAUGUAGACCUAUCUGUGCAUUCUUGAAUCCCCAAAGUUUUGUUAAUUUACCCGUACAUGUUUUCUAUAGCGUCCCCAAGCAAUAAAUCAUAAUUUAUUCGGACAAUUUUAAGUGCU